AUGGAAGAUGAAGUUCAACGACUUGUUAGACUCGUCAACGAAGCACAUAAUGUGGACGAUCCAACUAGUCUCAGACUAGUUGCGAAGCGAAUUAGUCAGAUGCCGGAUGAGGUUAUAGAAUUAAUAGAAAAGCUACGCACCGAGAAGCUAGGAUUGGAACAAAAUCAAUUGGCCGAACUACCUCUAGGAAUAACUGCUUGGACACAGUUGAGAUAUCUGAACAUCUCGAACAACCAAUUUAAAGUAUUUCCUGCUGUAUUAUGUGAUAUGCCAAACCUCGAGAUUUUAGACAUCAGCAAGAACAGAAUAAAAAGCAUGCCAAGGAAUUUCAAUAAAUUAAUAUCAUUGAGGGCGUUAAAAAUAUCAAACAAUCAACUGAGAAGGUUACCAAUAUACAUAGCAAAUAUGACAGAUUUGGAAUAUUUGAAAAUAGACAACAAUCCACUAGUAUUUCCACCAAAAACUGUCAGUGUUAUGCCAAAAGACGAGAAGGAUGCCAUGUCUCGAUGGUUAACUCAAUUGAAACUUUAUCUGAGACAGCAUGAACAAGGCAGGUUAUACAAUACAUUUAAUAUUACUCUUGAGUGCUCAUCAACGGAGCGAUUAGCACAAGAAGCAGCGGAAAGUGAAGAGACCAGUGAUGAUGAAGUGCUCGAUAUCGAAUACAUGUCCAAACAACUUAAGAAGAAUAUGUCAACUGAAUCCCUGUCUCAUUUGGUCACAUCACGCAUUCCUGCCGAACCAUCAAAUUCUCUUAAGCCAAUAGCUGAAACUAACGAAGUAAUCUCCAAACAAGAACGCAAACGUGUUUUACCACCAAAGUUAUCUAUCGAGUCCACUCGUCGCGAUCGCAGCUACAGCAACGACAGUUACGAAUUUCGACAGCCACUACAGCCGCUGCAGCCACUACAGUCAGUACAACAAACACACCAUGCAAAAAGCUACUCUACAGAUUCUAUUAGCUCAUACAACGCUUCGAACGGACAGAAUGAAAUCGACAGGGGCGGUGAUGGAUAUUUCUUAAAAUUGAAAAGUCUUCCACUAACAGAACACUUGCACACAAGUGAUAUAGCUCUAAGAGAAGCUGGUAGGAACAUUUUAUACGCACUUUCACAAGUAUACAAAGCUCUUCAACAAUUUGUCGCAUUUACUGGAUACGAGAAAUUGUUUACGAAUAACCUAUUCGAUACUAAAAAGCGCAUGGAACAGCUAAUUAUUGCUCUAGAACGAUUUGACGAUUGUGCGAUGCAUCAACGUCCUGAUUCAGAGACCUCUGCCAUACUGCUUGAAGCAUGUAGCCAUAACGUAAACUCAUUUAGACUACUGAUUAAUUGUUUUCAGAAAGAACUGAAAACAGUCACCCAAUCUUUGGAACAUUUACGUUAUUCUCGAACUUUAUUAUUGAUGCUUCACGGAUCAAUUGCAGAAGUAAAAUUUGCCUGGGAGAUGAUAUCACCUCUCCUUACCGAUUAUACUCCAUACACAGGAACAGCACAAUUUCGGGCUAGAUCAAUGUCGCGUUCAAACAGCAGUAGUGGAGGAUCAUCAUACGCGUAUCCAUACUCUGCGGCGCCGUAUUCAGCAGCACCCUACUCGGCAGCGCCAUAUUCAGCAGCACCCUAUUCGGCGGCACCAUAUUCGGCAGCACCAUAUUCGGCGGCACCAUAUUCGGCAACGCCAUAUUCUGCUGGAUUGACACCAGUAGGAAUUGGAGCGCACGCGUCGUUCGUUCCUAUCACAGAUAUAUUGUUGUCUAAAAUCGAAGUGUCAAUAUCAGCGGUAGAGAAAGUAUGGCAGCCAUUAAGUGAUAUAGUUCGAGCAGCAAGAUUUGAUGAUCCAUUACCACAACCGUCAGACGUGAAGCCCGCUGUGAAGGAGUUAAAUGCACAUAUUGAGCAUAGUAAAGAUGUCGCUAGGAAGUUGAAGAAGUUGCAGAUUGCAGCAAGGAAUGGUAAAGAGGAGCUUGCUACUAUACAUGAAGAUAUUGUGGCUUUUCUCCAAGUAAGUAUUUUAGUGUAUAAACAAGAACUUUAUUAUGAAUCUCAAUAUGAGCUAGUAGUGAAGCUACGGUUAUUUCGAAUCACUAACCCGCUUACUUCGAAAUUUCUCGUUCUCAAGACAACAAUAAAACUGGUUCGCUUGGCCCAAGCAAUUUCUCACUCUUGUCCAUUUGGUCCUGAACUCCGUGCUUCACUCGCUCAAGUCACUCAAUCGAACAUUGAUCUAUCGAUCUUUAUGCGGACGGUAAAUCCAUUCAACUCAGCUCAGGAAGCCAUUUUGCCUUCUGCAAAUGGAGAAGGAGGUCAGAAUUACAUUGUCAAUAUGGCCGUAGACGAGAUUAAUGGUCUGGCCGGGAAAGAUGAUGCAGCAAACAAGGGAAAUGAGGAGACGGAGAGUGAGGAAAACGUUGAAUAUGCUAUCGCAAUGUAG